AUGAAGAUGGUACGUUCUUAUAAAAAGACGAAGUGGAAGGACUGUAAGGAAAGAUCUUUGAAAGGAGACGUCAAAAGGCUUGUAGGAAUGCUGGAAGGAAUCAGCCACAAAGUGGCUGUAUAUGCCGAGUUAGCCGGUAUGGUCCUCAGUAUAGCCCUAAAAAUCGUCUAUGACUUAACGAAGGCGAGGGGGCCAAACGAUAAGAGGACUGAAUAG